GAUUCUUGACUUGUGAGUCUUUUAGUUUCCUCGUUGUUGGUCAUCAUAAUUGGGGAUAACAAUAAGUGGGGUUCAAUUGGUCAACCCCAAAUACUCAUGUGUGUGUGUGUGUGUGAGAGAGAGACUUUUCCAUCAUUUAUUUUCCUCUCACACCCAAAAUUCCUUUCCUCACUUAUUCCUUGUGUUGAUUAUUAAUCAUACAAAUCACCCACCCACCCACCAUUUCUCCCAUUACAAAACUCCCAUCCCAUCUCUCCCCUCUCAUUCCUCAUUUCCAACACCCACACACACACUUUUCUUCUCUCUGAUUAAUUAAAUUAUAAUUAAAUGGGUUUUGAUGAUUUAUGCAACACAGGGCUGGUGUUGGGGCUGGGAUUCUCAUCAUCCGCCUCCAAAAAGCCAUCCAAAAACCUUGAGCCCUCAUUGACUCUCAGCCUCUCCGGCGAAACCUACGAUCUGGCUGUGAAGAAGGCGGAUUCCGACAACAACCUGUACAGACAGGACAGCGCCGCCUCGUCCUUCUCCAACGUUAGCGUGAAGAGAGAGAGAGAGAUGGGGAGCGAGGAGGUGGAGAUUGAGAGGCGAGUCAGUGACGAAGACGACGAUGGCCCCAAUGGCAGGAAGAAGCUUAGGCUCACCAAAACGCAGUCCGCUCUUCUCGAGGAAAGCUUCAAGCAGCACAGUACUCUUAAUCCUAAACAAAAGCAAGAUUUGGCUCGCGAAUUGAAGCUCAGACCCCGACAGGUCGAGGUGUGGUUCCAGAAUCGUAGAGCCAGAACUAAGCUUAAGCAAACAGAGGUAGACUGCGAAUUCUUGAAGAAAUGCUGCGAGACGCUGACGGAUGAGAACCGGCGUCUACAGAAGGAAUUGCAGGAGCUGAAGGCGCUCAAAUUAGCUCAGCCGCUUUACAUGCAGCUGCCGGCGGCCACGCUCACCAUGUGCCCUUCCUGUGAGAGGAUCGGAGGCGCCGCCGCCGACAACACCGCCAAGACCUCCUACGUUACCAAGCCUCACUUCUAUAAUCCCUUCACCAAUCCAUCCGCAGCUUGUUGAUUCCAUUAAAUUAACCUUGCUAGAAAAAAGUAAAAAAUCAAAAUCAAAAUAAAAAAUGCUAGUAUAUACGUGAAAAAGAUGGAAGCAUCCCCACAACCCUGUUUUUAUUCGGUUAAGGGCUUGUAGAAAAAGCAAGAUAUAUGUUCAUCUAAUUUAUAGAAUUUAGGAAAUUACUAAUCAUGUUUUCUUUUAUUAUUUUUUUCCUCUUCUCUUUCUUGCUUGUGUAAUAGUUGUAUAUUGUAAUUUUUUAUUUAAGAUAAUAUUUCAAGGGAUUAUUGUUUAGUUACUCCA